AUGGCAGAGCAAUCAAAGAGGUUCCAGUGUCAAUUGCAGCACCGUGGUUUUCUAGAGUGGCUCUUCAGACUUCUGAGUGUCUCCAAGGUAGAAACCGAAUUGAGGAGCGUCAAGCAACCCAUUGUUGAUGGCGUUGUAAACAGGUGGAACAAUCUUAUUGACGGAAAUAGUGUCGUAGGCCAAUCCCAAGAUACCGUCAAACUUACCAAAAGCGAAAGCAAGACCUGGCUCGCUGGUUGCCUCGGCGAAGUCCUGUUUUGGAAUGAUAAGGUCUCCGAUAGUCAAAGUGUCUUGGGAAACGUAACCCUCAAGAGAUCCGGAACCGUAGUGGAUACUAAAUGA